AUGCUUAUUGGAGCAAGUAUGACGUGGCUGACGGGCACCGUGUGCUGCAAGCUUUCGAUGCUUUCACUCUAUACAAGCAUCUUUCGGUCCUCAAGGCCAAUUCGCCGCAUGGUCUGGAUUAUAAGCUGCAUGGUUGUAGGAUACUUUGUGGCAUUUCUACCAAUCUUUCUCACUCAGUGCCAUCCCAUAUCCUACCAGUGGCACCCAGUUCCAGGUGGCUCUUGUCGGUCGCUUAGCAUCCAGGAGAUCGCUUCAAUAACGUUGAACAUUGUUCUUGACUCCACCAUAGCGUUGUUACCUCUCCCCAUCAUCUGGAAGUUGCACAUGUCAAUCUGGAACAAAGUCACCAUAGGUGUGAUGUUUGGAAUGGGUUUGCUUGUUGUAGCGGUGAUGAUACUUCGUUUGAUUAUAACACUCGAUCCUGCGACUGGAGCCGAUUUCGUAUACGGUCUGUAUCGCAUUGGGCUAGUCAGCUUUCUCGAGCUCUGGCUAAGCAUCAUAGUCGUGAGCCUACCAGCAUUGGCACCACUGUUCCGCAGGUAUAUCGAGCCACAUUUCACCCAAAAACGCCCGAGCGCUGGUAACUUGCGUGAGGCGCAGCACACUAUUGGAAGUGAGCCAGUAAAACGCGCUCGCCCAGGCUUUUCAUACGGAGAUGUUGAGUUGCGCACUGGGAACUAUUCGGCGCACGUGAAGACAGGAGUGAGCUCGUCUCAGAGCGAGGGGGAUGAUACAAUCGGGCUCGUAGGAGGGAUGCAGUCUCAGGGGAUUGCAAUGAAGACGGAAGUCUUUGUGCAGGGGGACAGUGAUUAUGAAGCCCGGCGCUUAUAG